ACAUCAAGAUCAUGAACAUAAAAAACUGUAUCUGAUAUAACUUUGUCUUUACAUUUUCUAUUGGAGUAUAAAGCUACUUGGGCUCAGCAGCAACAAUGACUUGAAUUAUUCUCUAAGAAGAGUGGGUGUCUUGUUUUUCCAUGGCACCUUCUACCCUAUAGGACCUCAAGACUUAGAUAAUGCAUGCUCCUACAUCUCAGGAUCCAACCCAAAUGCCUUCCAACUCCUCCCAGGCUACACUUUAUGUAGCUAUUAUCACAAUAGUGUAGCAGAUUAGCAUCGCACCUGUUUCGCCACACCACUAGAAGAGCAUCCACUGAAGAUCUGCACAGUUUGCUUCCCCACCAUCACCCUCUCUUGAUUGUCUACAAGGAUAAUGACGGGCAGGAAGACCAAAGACAGGAAACAACAAUUGAAUCUGUCUGAAUAAGCUUUAAGUCUACAUUUAUUUGAUAAUUUUCAGAGUUGUUACUACCCGCAAUCUCCCUUCAGAAGACUAUGAACGAACUAGGUUCUGAAAGAUCAAAGCCAUGGAACAUAUACACAAGUUCAGACCCUGCACCAUCUCAAACAGGAGUUAUUGACAGGGAAGCUCCAUGGAAAAGUUUUGGGACAUCCAUGAAUGCGAUUUCUUUUGGUUUUGUUGCAACAGCAAUCUUGGUAUCAAUGUUUCUGAUAAUGGCCAUCUUUGAACAUCUCUUUCGGCCUACUCCUCCUUUUUCCUCACCUCAGGAGGUCACCAAUGGUUCUGCGGAAUCAAGACCACUACACAAACUCAGAAAUCCACAAACAGUUCCAGCAGCUUAUGCAUCAGAUUUUUCAGUGGUGAUGCCUGGACAGCAACACCCUACUUGUAUUGCCCAGCCAGCACCUCUACCUUGUCCAAGAGAAAGGAUAAAUUGGCCUGCCCAUGAGCAAAUUACUUGAAAAACAUGGUGUAAUGCUUGCGUUGGAUCAUGUAGAAGAUGUUUUGUUAUACUAUGUAUCUAAUCCAGUAUAAAAAUGGUUCAUCACAAUUAUGCAGUACUCA